AUGCCACCCAAAAGCGGAACUCGACGCCGAGGUGGCGGCCGUGGGGCAACCCCAGUCGCAGCCCAGGCCGCCCAUGACUCCGCCCAGCUUCCCCCAUCAAAUUACCUAUUUGCGUCCACAGUCAGUUGGCAGACGCCCAUGCCUGCAGAGCCUCCAAAGCCAAAGCCACCACCCCGUGGCUCCACUGCCGACACCAGAGGUCGAGGUCGCGGCCGUGGCCGUGGCCGUGGCCAACCAAGGUCAAGGGCCAGAGCCAAUCAUGACACUCAACAAGGUUCCGCAAGCCCUGCGGGCACUCCUUCUAGGCCUCAACCCGAAUCACAAGCUACGGACGAUCGUCCUUCAUCUCAUUUUAUCUCUCUCAAGAUUCGACCUGCAAAUCUGCGCGCUUUUCCCAGCUUCACCUCUAUAACCAAUUCCAAAACACCUGAGAAUCCCUCUGGCAAUAGCGAGCCAUUCUCAACUUUGGUCUACAAGGCGUUGCCCGCAUCUGCUGCUGGGUCGCUCGAUCAGGCUGCCCCUUCGCCAUUGCCAUCGUUGAUUUCUUGCGACACAGACAUAUCAUAUACAGGAAGUGAGACUUGCGCUGCCACCCCAGGUUCUCCAAAGGAUCUUAGCCUUCACUCGUUAGAAUCCGCUGUCACAGCUUUCCGGGGAGAAAAAGAGCCAACCAAGUCACUCUUUGUCACACCAAGAAGGGCGACCAAGAAGACCAGCAAUACUUCUCAAAAACCCAACAAAUCCCAGAACAAACAAGCUCGGUCGCAUCAAUCUCCCACAGUGCGCCACUCUAACGCUCUCAUGGCUCCUGUAAAAGAUAACAUGGGUGUCCAUGUAGCCCUGAAGGACACCAUUCAACAUCUAUACGAUGUACAAGCCACUACCCACGCUUAUGUACCUGAUUCCAACGACUUGCUCGUGGACAAACUCACCAACCUCACUAAUUCCCUCGCCCACCUUCAGACUCUAACUUCUAAGAAUGCAUCGCCUCACAACCCUAUUCACCAGGUGAGCAUCGCCCCGGAGAUUAUCGACUACGUAGACGACGGAAGGAACCCCGACAUCUUCACCCGUGAAUUUGUGGAAAAUGUGCAGAGGGGCAAUGCGGUUGUCAACGGCAAGCGAAGGGCCUUCAAGGAUUUCAGUCAAGUCCUGGCUGGAGUGAUCAAGAAAAGGUUCCCUGGAUUGGAAGAGGAUGUCAAUGAGAUUAUGGACGAUGCCGGCUUUGUUACCGAACAUUCGGUGAAAAGGGAGAUUGAUGGGCAGAAUGGUAGUUGAGCGCAAAGCCUGGUGAGAACCGUCAUUAAUUGUUUUUGCAUCCCAUAACGACAGCAGUGCUUGCUACGAGCACCAGAUGUGGGACUUGAGCCAUGGAGGGAUCGCUCUCUCAUCGUAUUGACCAAUGCAGUCUUGCUCGUUGCGUCUCUCGGUCUCAGUACAUGUCAUUAUCACAUGGCGGGCACAUGGCUUCACUUUCAGACUUGUUAUGGUGUGGGCCCUCGAUAUCGGCAGACCAUUUGGAUAUUGCACUCAGUCGACGAGGCUGCGCCGAGGCCAGAGGAGCUGAGAUAAACCACACCAAGCAAAGAGAACUCAAGCACGAUCAAGAGUCUAGUUUUGGCCCGAGGUCACUGACCUCUGGCUGAGAGCUGCUUGAGCAUAUUGGCCGAGUAAGUUUGGCCAACUUACUCGGCCGAUGAAUGUCUGAAAGUGAUGAUACAGAUUAUGUAGACCCUCAGACGGUGGGAGUUGAAACCAACUCCACCUACUAGGUACAUGUAUACUAUAAUACAAAUGCAUACAUUUUGA